GCACCUGACAUCUGUGUGAUACUUGUGAUGCACUAUGUACAGAGCUUGUAAGUCGUAGGUCCUAUACUACCUAUACCUACCAUAGUGGAGUUGACAUCAGUACUGAAGCAUUUCAGCAGGGCGGCAACGAACGAAAGUUGAAGGAAGGGCUUCUGCGCAAGGCCAAGCUGACACCGUCUGUAUGUGAUGUGUCUGCACAUGCCACGUUGAAAGUGCACUCCAUCUGCGUUUGGCGGGAAUGCAAAGCCUGCUAGGUGCAAGUCCGCCCUGGCUACCCGGUGGGCCGUCUGUUGUAAAGAUUGUUGCCAGCUAAGACUAAGAGGUUGAAAGUUCAGCAUUUUAAUCGCUCUCAUUUUGGGGCGCAGGUAUGUCAGCCGAUAGCAUUGCCCAAAUCUUUCCUGUCAGAGCAAGCUGCGCAACAUUUGCAGCUUCCCAAGCGUUUAACGCUCGUCACAAUAGUCAAAGGGCUGCCCCCCUCUCACUUCCGUUGCGGCAUCCCGGGCCCAGCAGAAGCAUAGGUGUUGAAACGUCUGCGCACUGUCUGAUAAGGAAACUGAACAGCUGGCUGGACAGCCCGCGCGAGCAUUUGACGCCUGCUAAGAAACUCUCAAGCGCAGCAAAACCCCAAGCACGCGCCACUCAACGAGAAAUGCAAACGAGUACAGUAGAAGCAGAGGCAAUGCAUGGAGAAGCCCCGGAGGAUUGGAAUUGGGUCAACUGGACUCAAAAAUUUGGGGAGGAGUUUAAAGGGUCAUGGGGGGACUGGCGGUUCUUCGAUCUGGAGGGAAAUGUUACAAAGCAGUUCCGGGGCAAGAGACAAGGGCGGUGCAACCCCGAGCGCACGGUCUGGACUCAGCGCAACUUCCACAACGUCGAGCUGUCUCCGGGGCGCGCUUUCAACGAGGACGAGCAGAUGUGGGAGAUGAGUUGGCACCUGGAAAAGGCUACUAGCAGCCUGCCGGAUGGACUCAUGCACACAUUUAUGCCAUCCGCGCGCAUCGUCACGUUUGAUGCGUAUACGCGGUGCCUGGUGCAGCGGGACCUGACGCAGAAGGCGGACUCGUACAGCUGGGAGACGUCCUACGACGACGGGGAGUACCACACAAGUGUUACACCGACGUGGAGGAACGGCGCCUUCAGCUCUUGUGGGGUCAUUUCGGAGAAGUGGGAGAGCUGGCCCGACACAACUUUCGAUCCUACGACCGCCCCCCUGGAAGCCGCGCUCGGUGAACUCACGUUGAGGAGCGUACGGCAGAUCACGUGGACCCAACCGGGGGGCACCGGGGCCAUGCUCGUAGAUGACGUCAGCGAGCCGAGCGCGUGGCCGACAACUGCGCCGGGGUACCACGAGAUCCGGAUACCCGUCGGCGCGUGGGCAGUAGGACCAACCAAGUUGCCUAAAACUGGCACCUCCACGGGAUUCUGGCUCUCGACAGCGAAGCGGAUGCGGGACGGGGGCAUCAAACGGAUCGUGCACGUAUUUUCAAGAGAGCUUCUCGUAGAGAAAGUCAUAUUGGAAAUUUUCACAUGACAUUGAAGCAGGAGUUUGCUGCCGGAUCGAUCCGUAGGCACGUGGCUGACGCCAAGACUCUGUACUACAGAUUCGGAGAGAUUCUUUCAAGACCUCCGAUUUUGCAGAGUGUUCCAAGUCGUUUCAUGCAACUAAUUGAAGGCAGGGCGGUGUUCUGGAAGUGCUUUCUUCCAGACGUGGUCUAGUUGAACCCGUUUUCUGGGAGCUGUAUUUGUACAACUAACGACACUUCGAAGGUCUGGCUAUGGCGGCUUGGAGAUUUCGUAAGCCUUGCAGGGUCGCUAAGGCUGGCAGAGUAUGCGGGUGCGAUGAUAGCAUGACAUGCUGGACUUUACACUAGAUCCGUCCAUUGAUGCUGUGCGCGGCGUACGUCUGUUGCCUGUCUUCAAUCUGCGAAUAUUGAUAUGCCUC